AUGCUGAAGAGAGGUUAUCGCAGGCCUCGCCAUGAAAUUGCACCCCGAAAGAACCCGCACAACAAGCACGACGCCGAAGCCAUCUUCAAGCAAAAUCUCCGAUGCCUACGACGUACCAUCUCACAUCCUCUCUCUCUCAUCUCUCUCUCUCAUCUCUCUCUCUUCCCCUUGUUCCUCUCCCCUUCUCCCUCCCACAAAACGCGCCCUUCCAUUGCCGGAGCCCGGGGCUCGGCGCAGGAGGCUCGCGCGGCGCGGCGGCGGCGGCAGGCGGCGGCGGUAGGUUUGGCGGCGGGGCGAUUUCGGGGAGGCAUCUUCUCGGCGUUCGCGGGGGCCGGGGAGGGCUCGGGGAGCGCCGCGAGGAAGGCGCCGCAGAUUGAGAGGACUCUGGUGUGCAGCCUCGAGGAGCUGUACAAGGGCGCGACGAAGAAGAUGAAGAUUUCGAGGGAUGUUCUCGAUGCGCACGGGAGGCCAACAACUGUAGAGGAAAUUUUAGUAAUUGAUGUUAAGCCAGGCUGGAAGAAGGGUACCAAGAUCACCUUUCCUGAGAAGGGCAACGAAAUGCGCAAUUUAAUACCUUCGGAUCUCGUAUUCAUCAUCGACGAAAGACCGCAUGGUGUGUUCAAAAGAGACGGGAACGACUUGAUCGUCACGCAGAAAGUUUCUCUUGUUGAGGCCCUCACGGGUUGUACCGUCCAAGUAACAACACUCGACGGUCGAACGCUAACCAUCCCAAUCAGAUCCAUUAUUAGUCCCAAUUAUGAGGAAAUUGUGCAAGGUGAAAGCAUGCCGAUCACUAAGGAGCCGUCUAAGAAAGGGAACAUGAGGAUCAGAUUUCAGAUCAAAUUCCCUAGUAGACUUACGACAGAUCAGAAGGCAGGUAUCCAGCAAUUGUUAUCUUGAUUAGUAGAUACUUAGAUUAUGUGUUUUUUCAUACGCUUUCUACUUCAAUUCGAAAUAGAUACUUAAAUUAUGUAUUUUUUCAAAUGCUUUCUACUUCUAACUCGAAAUAUUUGGUUAGUAGCUCGAAUUUUGACCUGUGCAAGUAGUUCCUUAGCUGCUAUGUGCUGGUUUUCGGUUUGCGUGAUCACCAGCAUUGUUAUUUUGUCAGUUCACUGUUUAUCUGCCAAUCUAGUGCAGGAAAGAUUGAUAUGCGAAUCGCGCUUUUCUACUUACGAACUCUACUUUCUUUAGCGCACAGGGGGAUGAAACUAAAAAUCCCGCGUAGAAUUUCAUUGUCAAAUCGAAGGUAAAUGGGUAAGUGCUUCUCACUGGAUCUUUUCGACGAUAUCCCUAACAAGUUAUUCUAGUAAAAUUAAAAUUUAUCCUGUUAGUUAUAUUGGAGCAGCAGAAGCAAAAUCUUUAACCUGAAAUUUUUACAUUUUUUCUAGAUGUAUCUUUUUUGGCAUAUCCAAUGUAUUGUAAUUCUUUUUUUAGAGAGUUUAGGAAGUACUUGGGAAUUGGGAUUUU